AUGGACCAAAAGAGGCGAUUGCAGGGACGACAAAUCACACGAUCGGCUUCAUUACCAAACACUAAGCCGUCUUUGCGCAGUGGGCGUAAUAAUGCGUUCGAGUUAUUGAACAUGGACUCUACAUCUCAUUCCUAUUCAACCAACAAGAAGAAACGGAAAAAGAAAAGCAAGCUUUCCAAUGGCAGCGAUUCACCUUGUCCACCAUCUCCCACCUCGACUUGUCAACGUCGACCACUUGCUGAUACUACCAACCACAUGCGUCCAUCGUCUCAUAUGUCUUCCUCCUCUAUCUCCUCCUCCUCCAAGUCGUCACCUACACCAACACCACCAACGAAUAGCAACACUGAUGCGGAUAAUGCACCACCGAGCAGCAUAUCAUUUUGGGAUUAUCUUCGAGAUGAAGUGACCGUAUCCGACUUUGAUACAACACAAGAGAUCAAACGUGAGCGCAUCAACAACUUUCUCGCUGUUCCAGCUGCCGUAGAGAAACUGAUGGGCUUUGGCUUUGUCGUUUGUCUCGAUUCUUUCUUGUACACAUUCACUAUUCUUCCACUUCGAUUCAUGCUUGCCUUCUACCAUUGCAUGCAGCACAUGUAUCACAAUAUCCAAGUUCUUAUCUACGGCGAAGGCCGGUUAAUAUCAUUACGUCCUUCUCAAAAAUGUGAUCUACUCAAAGGAUUCUUGGCCAUGAUCACCUGUACCGUCAUGUCUAUGCUUGAACCUUCCAGGAUAUACCAUUCGAUUCGUGGUCAAGCCGUCUUGAAGCUUUACGUCAUUUUCAAUUGCUUGGAGGUGUUUGACAAGCUGUGUUGCUCAGUCGGGAAUGAUAUCUUGGAUGCUCUGUUUUCAAAAUCUACAUUGGGUAACCAGCACCAGAACACCAGCGCAAGUAGCACUGUUUACGCGAAAAGACAAUUACGCCCAAUCACCCUAUUUAUUCUAGCCACGGGCUAUAUGAUUCUUCACACCUCGGUGCUAUUUUUUGAAAUGAUCACGCUCAAUGUUGCUAUCAAUUUCUAUUCGAAUGCUCUGCUCUCGCUGCUUAUCUCCAACCAAUUUGUCGAGAUCAAACAAUCCGUAUUCAAACGUUUCGAAAAGGAGAACUUAUUUCAGCUUAGCUGUAGCGACAUGGUGGAACGCUUUCAACAGGUGGCCUUUCUGCUUAUCAUCACGCUUCGUAAUGUGGUUGAAUUGUCCGAGUCAUCACCUUCUUCCAUAUUGCCUUCGACCUUUGUGCCUUUGAUCAAGCUACCAGCCACAGCCACAGUGAGCGCACUCAUGACCCCGGUGAUGAUGGUGAUUGCUUCAGAGCUCAUUGUCGACUGGUUAAAGCAUGCGUUCAUCACCAAGUUCAACCAGAUUCGCCCCUCCAUUUAUGGUAAAUACAUUGAUGUGCUAUGCAAGGAUCUUGUUGUUGGAAGUCCUGGUCGCUUGAGUGGCCGACGGAAUGCUUUUGUGGAUCAAUCACCCGUGGUUUCUCGCCGUAUUGGAUUUCCUGCCCUACCACUUGCUUGCUUGAUUGUGCGGAUGUUCCAGCAGCUGAUGCCAAUGAUUAUGGGCAACUCAAAUGGUGGUGAACAAGGUUCUACAACGUUGGCAUCCAUUCUAGCACGCAACUUUUUGGAUUUUACUGUAUUCUUACCCUCCCACGUGGUUCAUGCCUUGCGUGAUGGCUGGCUCGAGACUGUCUUUGACCACGCAAUCCAAUUUGUCGGCCGUAUCAUUGUUAUUGGCGUGCUUUUAAUAUGUUUGCUGGCGGUGAAAGUCUUUGUGGGUAUCAAUUUGCUUGGCUUUGCUUAUCGACGCUAUGCAAGUAUGACAACACGUGAUACGGUGGAAACCGAAAAGGAUAAAGAAAUGAAGGAAAUGAACAAAAAUGAAGAGAUCUAUCAGAAGGAAUUGCGAUCUUAUCUCAACGAUCCAGCCGACAGCGUCAUGGGUAAAGUUCCCGUCAAAUACACAUUGGAGAACGUGGAUCGGUUUUCCAUGGUCAAGAGCAGAAUACCAUAG